AUGUCCGACUCGAAUAUUAAGGCGCAAGACGGCGUGGCCGAGGCCGCGACGGAUCCGAAUUUCGGCGUAGAUGAGAAGAGACUUAUGCGCAAGCUUGAUUUAUACAUAAUACCUCUUGUUAUGCUCCUUUAUACAUUUAGUUUCUUGGACCGUGUAAACAUCGGUAAUGCACGUCUUUACCGUAUGGAGGAAGAUCUUGGGUUGGUAGGGAAUCAGUUCCAAGUAGCUGUCUCUAUCUUCUUCGUCACGUAUCUCUUCUUUGAAGUGCCUUCAAAUUUGGUACUAAAACCCUUGACGCCUUCUCGAUAUAUCGCCUUCAUCGCUUUCGGCUGGGGAAUUAUUGCGACGUGUACGGGGUUUGUUCACAGCUAUGGCGCACUUAUUGCCGUGCGUGUGAUUCUCGGUGUUGUCGAGGCUGGGCUCUUCCCGGGUUUAAAUGUUUAUCUGACCUUCUUCUACACGAAACAAGAGCUCGCUCUUCGUGUCGGCUACCUCUUCGUCAGCGCCGCUAUUGCGGGUGCUCUGGGCGGAUUGUUAGCUUAUGGCAUUGGCCAGAUGGAUGGAAUUUCUGGGUACAGCGGGUGGAGAUGGAUCUUUAUCAUCGAGGGCCUCCCGAGCAUCGUCUUAGGCGUCGUUGCCUUCUUCUUCCUCCCCAACGAUAUCGACCAUGCCUACUUCUUGACCCCCGAGGAGAAGAAACUAGCCAACGAGCGGCACCUUCGCCACUACGGGUUCACCAAAAGCGCACAAAAGUUUAGUAAGAACGACAUGUUGGCUGCGUUUAAGGACUGGAAGGUUUGGAUGUUCUGCGUUGCGCAGUUUGGCGUAGACACUUUGUUAUACGGCUACUCUACGUUCUUGCCAACGAUUAUCCGAGGUUUAGGACAGUGGUCGACCGCGGAGAUUCAGUUGCUCACCAUUCCGUGUUAUUUCGUUGGCGCUGUGACUUAUAUGGGAAUCGCAAUUUUGUCGGAUCGAAUGCAGAUGCGCGGCCUCUUCACUGUGGCUUUUGGUGCUGUUAGUGUGGUUGGAUAUGGUGUACUGCUUUCAGACUCAUCAGCUGGCGUACAUUAUUUUGGCUGUUUCCUAGUUGCCACUGGACUUUAUGUUACCGUUGGCUUACCACUGGCUUGGCUACCAAGCAAUACGCCGCGAUAUGGCAAGCGCACAACAGCCAAUGGCAUGCAACUCACCUGGGGUAAUGCUGCUGGCAUCAUGUCAUCAUUCAUCUAUCCUAGUGCCGAUGGACCGCGCUACAUCGUGGGCAAUGCCGUCUCUUUAUCUUUAGUAGGAAUGGCCGCUUGCCUUUACGGGUUCUUGUGGUAUUGGUUCGCUAGAGAGAACAAGAAGCGUGGCGAGGGACCUCUUACGGCGGCACAUGAGAACUUAUCUGAAGAUGAACUCGCAGAACUAGGUGAUGAAAGUCCGAGAUAUAAUUCUAUGAGCAUAUACAGCUUCCUGAUCGCAGUCCGCUCCGACGGCCAGCAGCUAACAAACGAGUCGGGCGAUACCACCUCCCACCUCAUGGGCAUGUUCUAUCGAACUCUACGAAUGGUCGAUAACGGCAUCAAACCUCUCUAUGUAUUCGAUGGCGCACCCCCCAAACUAAAAUCGGGUGAACUUGCUCGCCGUUUCCAGCGUAAGGCCGAGGCUAAAGAGGGGCUCGAAGAGGCCAAGGAAACUGGUACAGCCGAAGAUGUGGAAAAGUUUUCUCGCCGAACAGUCAAAGUCACCAAGGAGCACAAUGCCGAGUGCCAGCAGUUGUUGAAGUUCAUGGGUAUACCCUACAUUAUUGCGCCAACCGAAGCCGAAGCACAGUGCGCCGCCCUUGCUAGAGCUGGGAAGGUUUAUGCAGCAGCCAGCGAGGAUAUGGAUACGCUAUGCUUUGAUAGCCCAGUCUUGCUACGUCACUUAACCUUCAGUGAAACGAGAAAAGAGCCGAUCCAGGAAAUUCACGUUGAUAAGGUCCUCGAGGGAUUGAAUAUGGAUCGCAAACAAUUCGUCGAUCUCUGCAUUUUACUUGGCUGUGACUAUCUCGAUCCUAUUCCCAAGGUUGGACCUAGCACUGCUUUGAAGCUGAUACGCCAGUACGGUACACUCGAGAAAGUGGUUGAAUAUAUCAAGAGUGACUCCAAGUAUACACUACCUGAAGAUUGGCCCUUUGAGGAUGCGCGAGCUUUGUUCUUUGAGCCAGACGUUCGCAAGGCAGAUGACCCCCUUUGCGACUUCAAAUGGGAUAAGCCGGAUAUUGAAGGAUUGGUCAAGUUUCUGGUGACCGACAAGGGUUUUAACGAAGACAGAGUCCGCGCAGGCGGCGCACGAUUAGAAAAAGCUACCAAGAGUUCGCAACAGGCUCGCCUAGAGGGCUUUUUCAAGGUAAUCCCCAAAACAGAUGAGGAAAAGGCCGUGCACAAGCGAAAACUCGAGGAGCAGAACGAAGCUAAAAAGAAGAAGCUGAAGGAAGAAAAGAAAGAGAAGGCUAAAGCUAAGGCGAAGCCUCGCGGAGGUGCUUAG